UUCUAGUUUCUCAUCUUAGGUGUCGAAUGAAAAUCUAGUGAAUAAUAUUGUUGAGAUCAUGCUGUCACAUCUGGCCUUAACCUGCGUUUUACUUCUGGUCACCUUCUUUGUUGCCCGCCGGUUCGUCAGAGAUUCCCACAAGCUUGAUGGUUUCACUCAGAAGCAUGUGUUCAUCACAGGCUGUGACAGCGGCUUUGGCAACCUUCUGGCCAGACAACUGGACAGAAAGGGCUUUAAGGUCAUCGCUGCGUGUCUCACGGAGAAAGGUGCAGCAGAUCUGGGUGCAGCAGCCUCCCCCAGACUGAAGACCCUCCUGAUGAAUGUUACAGACAGCGCCAGCAUCAGGCGUGCGGUGGAGUUUGUGAGCAGGGAGGUCGGGGAGCGAGGUUUGUGGGGGCUUGUAAACAAUGCUGGCAGGGCGAUGCCCAUCGGCCCGACAGACUGGAUGCAGUUGGAGGAUUUCACAAAGGUCUUGGAUGUGAAUCUGCUAGGGCUCAUCGAUGUGACCCUCCAAUUCCUGCCUCUGCUGAAGAAAGCCCGGGGCAGACUGGUAAACGUUGCUAGUGUACUGGGGAGACUGUCACUGACUGGUGGAGGUUAUUGCCUGUCCAAAUAUGGAGUGGAAGCGUUUUCUGACAGCACCAGGAGGGAUUUGCACAAAUUUGGUAUUAAAGUGAGCAUCAUUGAGCCUGGUUUCUUCAAGACAAAUAUAACCAAUUCAGAUCUAAUUAGUGCUGACCUUAAGAAGCUUUGGGCACGCCUUCCCCAGGAAACUAAAUCCUCAUAUGAUGCAACGUACAUUGAAAAAUAUAAACACAUGCAGGACUUCUACUUGGGGUUCUUGUGUAAUUCAGAUAUUUCCAAGGUGACCCGGUGCAUGGAGCACGCGCUGACUGCUCGCUAUCCACGCACACGAUAUGGAGCAGGCUGGGACGCCAAGCUCAUCUGGAUUCCUCUGUCCUACUGCCCUUCAUUUGUGGUUGAUUUUAUUAUGAGUGUGCUCCUUCCUUUACCCAAAACAGUAAGAAUAAACUAAAUAUCAAACAUAUGUAGCUGCUUUAGUGAGAUCACAUAAUUUAUCAGGUAGCAGUAGUUAAGUAUAGAAACGAAUCAUAAUGAAAAAAAGUGACAAGCCCGGGUUACAAAAUAAGAAAUUUAUUCAUUUAUGUCCCAGCAGCAGCAGUUUAAUUCAUGUGGGCUUGUUCUGCAUGAUCAGGUACAGUUUGUUCUUAUUGAGAUACAAAAUAAAUCAGUCUGUGACUAUUUCUUUUACUUUGUUUAAAAAAAAAA